AUGGAAGGUGAAGUUAUUGAAUUUUGUUGUCCAAGUAUUGUGAGGAAAUUAGGUAGGUUUGAUAGAAUCGCUGAUGUGGAGACAGAGACCAAUCCAAUAGAUCGCACUGUGGCUCAUUUGCUCUUUCAUAGACCUCCAGAGUUGCCAGGAAAACAUGUUUACACACCUGAAUCACCUUUGUCUGCUAUGCUUCCUUUUGAACGGAAAGUAAGUGAGCUGAUCAGCUUGCCUAUGGGUUUUUUACCUGAGAAUUCUAAAAAUAAGCAAACUUUAUGUGACCAGAGUUCAAAAAUUUCUUGCUUAUUUGGUGAUGGGGAUCGGGAUGAAAGCAUACUCCCAGUAAACACUUUGGGGUAUGCGUCAAACAAAAAUCCAACAGAUGGAAGAGCUACUGAGCUUGAAUCUUCUUAA